AAGUGAGGAGGGUUAAUGCGACGUCGUCUGCAGUUGCUUGUGAUUGUUUUGAAGCGCUCGGGUCUCUAUUUCUUUGCUCCGUUUCGCUGUAUCAGCGUCCUUGAUCUCUCUUUCUCAGUGUAGGGAAGAAAAUCUGAAUCCAUGGCUACCUUAGCGGCUGCAGCAGUUCGUCAAGCCAGAGCCCUAACUCGAGUUUCCUCUCCUCAGUCAACCGCCACCCUUAUUCAAAGGCGCGGUCUCGCUGGCGCUGCCGACCACCAUGGACCGCCGAAGGUUAACUGUUGGCAAGAUCCUAUGAGCCCAUCUAAAUGGAAGGAAGAGCAUUUUGUGAUUGUCUCUCUAUCUGGAUGGGGUCUACUUUUCUAUGGAGGGUACAAGUUCUUUACCGGGGGCAAGGGAAAGAAGGAUGAGAAACCUGUGGCAACAUCAUAACGAGCUGAUCUAUGGACAUUUUCCGGCUGUUCUGGAGUUCUCCCUGAAAUAAUGUAUACCUUAGACCUCUUGCUGUCUGCGGAUUUCAUUUCACUCUUGAAUUGUUUCUCGUAUAUGAUCCUAUCUCGUAGUUUUUUUCUCUUGACAUUUUAGUUGUUUCAUGCACGAAAGUCCUAUAUCUAAUAAUACAAUUUGCCCCAACACCUCAUUCAUAGAGUUCGAAGGGAGGGAAUUUGUGCUCCGGAGCUUGUGAUUGAACAAGGCAUUUUUUAGUGAGAAAAACUCAGUUGAUUGCUUUA